ACGUGACCCCUUUGCCUUGCAGUGCUCGCGCCUCCGGCGCCGCCACCGCCCCCCAUCCAAGGAUAUGCCUUCAAGCCUCCGCCCAGACCCGACUUCGGGACCUCGGGGAGAACAAUCAAGUUACAGGCCAACUUCUUUGAAAUGGACAUUCCGAAAAUCGACAUCUAUCACUACGAGUUGGAUAUCAAGCCAGAGAAAUGCCCGCGGAGAGUGAACAGGGAAAUAGUGGAGCACAUGGUCCAGCACUUUAAAACUCAGAUCUUCGGGGAUCGGAAGCCAGUGUUCGACGGGAGGAAGAACCUCUACACAGCGAUGCCCCUUCCGAUCGGGCGGGAGAAGGUGGAGCUGGAGGUCACGCUGCCGGGCGAAGGGAAGGACCGCAUCUUCAAGGUGUCCAUCAAGUGGGUGUCCUGCGUGAGCUUGCAGGCGUUACACGAUGCACUUUCGGGGCGGCUGCCCAGCGUCCCCUUCGAGACGAUCCAGGCCCUCGACGUGGUCAUGAGGCACCUGCCGUCCAUGAGGUGAGGCCCGCCGCGGUGGGCGCGGGGAGCUGGCCCCGGUCC